AUGGGAAUUAAAUUUCUCGACUUCGUCAAGCCUUUUUGCGGCUUCGUGCCCGAGGUCUCCAAACCGGAGCGCAAGAUCGCCUUCAAGGAGAAGAUGCUCUGGACGGCCAUCACCCUCUUCAUCUUCCUCGUCUGCUGCCAAAUCCCGCUUUUCGGCAUCAUGUCAACUGACUCGGCUGAUCCCUUCUACUGGCUGCGAGUAAUCCUCGCGUCGAACCGUGGAACGCUUAUGGAGCUCGGAAUUUCGCCCAUCGUUACCUCUGGACUGAUUAUGCAACUUUUGGCCGGUGCGAAGAUCAUCGAGGUCGGAGACACCCCCAAGGACCGUGCGCUCUUCAACGGAGCCCAGAAGCUUUUCGGAAUGGUCAUCACUGUCGGUCAAGCGAUCGUCUACGUGAUGAGCGGUCUCUAUGGCGAGCCCUCGGAGAUCGGAGCCGGAAUCUGCCUCCUCAUUGUCGUCCAACUCGUUGUUGCCGGUCUGAUCGUUCUUUUGCUCGAUGAGCUGCUCCAGAAAGGAUAUGGUCUGGGCUCUGGAAUUUCUCUCUUCAUUGCCACCAACAUCUGCGAGACGAUCGUCUGGAAGGCAUUCUCGCCUGCGACGAUGAAUACCGGACGUGGAACCGAGUUCGAAGGAGCCAUCAUUGCUCUCUUCCAUCUUCUGGCCACCAGGAACGAUAAGGUCCGCGCUCUUCGCGAGGCUUUCUACCGCCAAAACCUGCCGAAUCUGAUGAACUUGAUGUCGACGAUCCUGGUGUUCGCCGUGGUCAUCUACUUCCAGGGCUUCCGCGUCGAUCUUCCCAUCACCUCUUCCCGCUACCGUGGACAGACCUCCAACUACCCGAUCAAGCUCUUCUACACCUCCAACAUUCCGAUCAUCCUUCAGUCUGCCUUGGUGUCCAACCUCUACGUCAUUUCUCAGAUGCUCUCUGCCAAGUUUGGCGGAAAUAUCCUCGUCAACUUGCUCGGCACCUGGUCUGACGCCUCCGGAACCUACCGCAGCUUCCCCACCGGUGGAAUCUGCUACUACCUUUCGCCCCCAGAGAGCAUCUCUGCCGUGCUCGAGGAUCCGUUCCACUGUGUGAUCUACAUCGUCUUCAUGCUCGGAUCUUGCGCCUUCUUCUCGAAGACCUGGAUUGAUGUGUCUGGCAGCUCUGCCAAGGAUGUCGCCAAGCAGCUCAAGGAGCAGCAGAUGAUCAUGAAGGGACAUCGUGACAAGUCGAUGAUCCACCAGCUCAACCGUUACAUCCCCACUGCCGCUGCCUUCGGAGGUCUCUGCAUUGGAGCCCUCUCCGUAACUGCCGAUUUCCUCGGAGCUAUCGGUUCCGGAACUGGUAUCCUGUUGGCAGUGACGAUCAUCUACCAAUACUUCGAAAUCUUCGUCAAGGAACAACAGGAGAUGGGAGGCAUCGGAGGAAUGUUCUUC